AUGGCUAAAAAGUCUGCUUUCAUCGAUCAGCCAUCGGUGGUCAAGUGUAAACGACUCAUUCGGCCGCUAAUCUCCAAGAUCCAUGUUCUCACUGACCUCUACGUCAAGUAUCCCUCCAAAUUCCAUUUCGACAUGGAGCUGUUCACAAGUGCAAAGGUUGACGGGGGAAAUCUACGAUUCACGCGUCCCUCGUCAGCUAACGACCGAUUAGCAUCUCUAAAGCCAUUCAUUUCCCCAGAAAUGUUCCAGGCGUACACGGAGAUCUUCUCCAUUUUUCGAACCAUCGUAGGCACAAUUUGUGACCUGGAAAGAGGCGGAAACAUGGCCAAACUCUCCUCUUUGGCGGCUCUUCAUAUUGGAAAGUCCAUCUCACUUGGAACUAAAUCGACCUUCUACAAACUUAAUCAGGUUUUGCUCUUUGAGCCCGAUACUUUCCCUCGUCAUCUCCAGAAGUUCCAUAAUGAACUCACUGACGAUAUAGACGACUGGCUCGAGAUGGAGCCUGUGGCCGUGAUGUACACUCAUCGGAACGAUCUCGUCAUUGGCUAUGUUCUCCAUUUUUUGGUUCUCAAUCUGCGCACCUUGCUUUAUCUCUUAAUUCCAGUUUUGGUCCAUUGGCUUCAGGAACAGGAGAGCCAGACGUUGGCAAACUUGCUGAAAACGCUCUUUCUGGAAUAUUGGCUCUUUCUGCCCCAUAGACUGGAGUAUCGGGAUGUCUACAGCUUGUGCCAUGAACUUAUCGACCCCACAGAUGAUCCAAGUCUUCCAGUUUUUUGGUUACUACACCGCAUAGGCUUUUGGAAGCAAAUGAUCAAGGAUCUCAGGAUCACCUCGCUGUUUGGCACGAUGAAAGGUUUCGAUAAUUACGAAAGUUUAUUGCUUGACUCUUUGGCCCGGAGCAAUUGGCUUCUGCUUGCUCAUAUCAAGGCAGAAGAACUCUAUGAAUUGCUCAAUAGGAACGUUCAAAAUCCUAAUAACACCACCAUCAUUGUGUCGAUUGUUUCCGAGCUCAUUGCAUCGGUUAAAGGAGAAUUGAGGUCUGCAACGUCUUCCCACCGAACGUAUGCUGUGCUCUAUUCUUCAUAUGCUAAUGUUAGAAAGCUAGUUCAAGCGUGGUUAGCAUUCAACCCCCAAUGCUUGUUCAAUUCUCUCGAUAGUGGAAACGACGACCUUUUUGAUGCUAUUUUCCUGUUGUUGAAGUACACGUAUAUGAAAUGUUUGCGUAUCAUCAAGUAUUUGGAUGACAACUGGACUGCGUCUCGACUGACUAAAGUGAGGGAGAUGUUACAUAAGUUCAAGUUUCUACUUCACCACGUGGAUAUCAUGACGACUACGUGUGGCAUUUUGAAGUCGUACUUCCUUGAGUCGGCCAGCGUUUCCAAUGACGGAAAGAAUAUCGUUGCUCUUGCAGAGUUUUUCGUUGAUUUGAUGGGCGAAAAUACAGAAGAAGCUGAAGUGGCCAACUUUUUGCUUUGGAUUUAUGGGCAAGGGGACGAAGAGAUGUGUCGCCUUGCUCGAGCCUAUUUUGACGAGCUCUACACCGAAGACACCUGGCAGGCCAGCCGUGAUCUUGAGCAUGUACAUUACAUAUUGUAUGAAUAG